CAAACAUUUAUUCCUGGAAAAGUCGCUGAAGAUAAAGGAAAAAGAAAAAAGAAAAGGUUAAAUUUGCUUACUAUCAUCUUCCCUGCACACAGAGUGAUUCUUGAUUCUUGAAAUUUCACAAAAAUGAAAGUUUCCUUUUUUCUCUUGUUGAUGCUAUUGUCGGUAGUGCAAGGAUUAGAUCUUAAUCUCUGCCGGCCAGAAAGGUGUGGUCGCGGCCCAAUCGUCCGAUUCCCAUUCCGACUUAGAGAGAAACAGCCAGAGCACUGUGGCUACCCUGGAUUUGAAUUAUCUUGCAAGGAAGACGAACAUACAGAGCUACAACUACCAAAUUCUGUGAAACUCUAUAUCCAAACAAUUGAUUAUGUGGCUCAGGAGCUUUCUGCUUCUGAUCCAUCUGAGUGCUUUGCAAGAAACGCCAAAGCCUUCCAUUUAUAUACUCAUAAUUUUGAAUUCCCAAGAGCGUAUUCGAUCGAUAAUUAUGCUUUGUUCAAUUGUUCACUGGGAAACAGAUAUUCAUCUGACUUAGUGAGUUGCCUCGGUGUUCCAGGCUCUUAUGAAGUUUAUGCCUUUGCGGCCGACAAUCGCAUUGAUGACUUGCCUCUGACUUCUUGUAGAAAGAUGUAUAAUAUUUCAUCAGUUCCAAGUGAAAUAUUCGACAACACAAAUUCUAUUACUUUGACUUGGUCAAAAAAAAUGUCGAAAUGUCGAUCCUGUGAAAUACAGGGGGGAUGUUGUGGCUGGAAGGAUAAAAACAUUGCAUGUUUUGACAACUUUCAUAACAGAAAAUUAGGUACCUUGUCAAAGACAAAGAUUGCAUGUGAAGUCCUGGGUCCGUUUUUGCUGGUACUAGCGGCUGCAUCGCUCUUCCAUGUCUACUGGACUAAUAGAAAGGAAAAGGAAUACUUGGAGAAAUUUUUGGAAGAUUACAGAGCUCUCAAGCCCACAAGAUACUCAUUUGCUGAUCUAAAAAGGAUUACAAAUCAGUUCAAGGAUAAAUUAGGCCAAGGAUCAUAUGGCACUGUGUUUAAAGGAAAGAUUUCAAAUGAAAUUUAUGUAGCUAUAAAGAUCCUGAACAAUUCAAUAGGAAAUGGAGAGGAGUUCAUUAAUGAAGUAGGAACGAUGGGAAGAAUCCACCAUGUUAAUGUUGUUCGCUUAGUUGGAUUCUGUGCAGAUGGUUUCAAAAGAGCUUUGGUUUACGAGUUCUUACCAAAUGAAUCAUUAGAGAAAUUCAUAUUUUCAAGUAAGUUUCUGGGUUGGGAGAAGCUUGAAGAGAUUGCACUUGGUAUAGCCAGAGGGAUUGAAUAUCUUCAUCAGGGGUGUGAUCAGCGAAUCCUCCAUUUCGAUAUAAAACCUCAUAAUAUUCUGCUAGAUGAUAAUUUCAAUCCAAAAGUUUCUGAUUUUGGACUAGCAAAGCUAUGUUCGCUGGGUCAAAGCUCUGUAUCGAUGACUGCAGCUAGAGGAACUAUGGGUUACAUUGCACCUGAAGUUUUCUCUAGAAAUUUCGGGAAUGUGUCUUAUAAAUCAGAUGUUUAUAGCUUUGGAAUGGUGUUGUUCGAAAUGGUUGGAGGAAGGAAAAACAUAGAUGCUAAUGCAGAGAAUGAUAGUCAAGUGUUCUUUCCUGAAUGGAUAUACAAUCAAUUGGAAAAAGGUGAGGAACUAAGAAUCCGAAACGAAGAACAAGGUGAUAGUAAAAUUGCAAAAAAACUUACAACUGUUGCAUUAUGGUGCAUUCAGUGGUACCCAGUAGAUCGUCCAUCGAUCAAAAGAGUUGUUCAAAUGUUGGAAGGGGAAAGAGAGAAUAUACCAAUGCCUCCAAAUCCUUUUGCUUCUGCAGGUUCCGCGAAAAUGAAUGUAGGUACGCGUGGGAGACGCAUACACCAGGAGUUAGAAGUUAUCUCUGAAGUAGAGUGAUAAUUCAUUCAUCUUCAUGUUGGAAUGUCUGAGAUUUCUCCAUAGAUAUCUUUUCCAGGAAUUAUGAUGAUAAAAUCUAAUGUGUGUAUGUUUUUAAGUUCAGGAAUGUUAUCAAUUAAAAAAUAAAUAGUUUAAUUGUUGUUUCGGGCAUCUAUUAUACUGUUCUUAUCUAUGUAAUCUGCUGCCAAAUAAAGCAAUUUCUGGCCUCUGGUGUGGAUAA